AAUCAUGUAAAGUAUUAAUUUCAAUGGUAUGAAGAAGAAUCUAUCCCCUAUUAUUUAUCUGCAAACAGUAGUUGGAUCUGAAAGCACCAGUUUUACACCAAUUUUGGAGACAAAGCAUAUCCGAUGACUACACUACUUCCAGUUUUUGCCUUUAUCUUGAUUUCCUUAUCCUGGCCAAGCAUAUGUCACCCCCUAGAUCCCCUCAGCCCAACUGAGAUCAACCAAAUUAAGCUUAUAGUUCAUAAGUCUCACCUUGGUUCCAUUCCUAAUUUAACCUUUCAUUUUGUUGACCUUGAAGAACCAGAGAAAGAUCAUGUCCUCAAGUGGUUGUCUUCCCAUAAGAAAGAUGAAUCUUUCCCUUAUCGUCGAGCCAGGGUCGUGGUUCGCGCUAGCAGCAAGAGUCAUGACCUGAUUGUAGAUUUAUCAACUAGUUCAAUCUUGUGUGACCAAGUCUACACUGGCCAUGGUUACCCUCCAUUUGCCAGUGAGGAAUUUUUCCAAGCCAGCAGACUACCAUCCAAGGAUCCUCAUUUUCAAGACUCAAUCUUAAAAAGGGGACUAAAUGUGUCAGAAGUAACAUGUUUGCCAUUAACCACAGGCUGGUUUGGUGAGAUUGUAACUAGAAGACUUCUUAGGCUUUCAUGCUUCUACCGUGGUGGAACUACUAACAUUUGGGCACGGCCCAUUUCAGGAAUGAGCAUACUUGUCGAUGUUGAAUCGAUGAAAAUUAUUGAGUUUGUUGACAGAAAAAAAUCAUUGCUCCCCAGAGCUGAAGGUAGUGAUUUCCAAUCGUCAGGUCAGAGACCCAAACCUGGCACCUGUAAUGAUACACACACAAAUGCCAAUAUCACUGGGAAUGUAGUCCGUUGGGCAAACUGGAAAUUCCAUGUAGCAUUUGAUGCUCGGGCUGGACUAAUUAUAUCAACAGCUUCUGUUUUCGAUGCUGGAAGAAACAAGUUCAGGGAUGUUCUCUAUAGAGGCCAUGUGUCAGAGACAUUUGUUCCAUACAUGGAUCCUACCACUGAAUGGUAUUACAGGACUUUCAUGGACGUUGGUGAAUUUGGUUUUGGCCACUCUGCCAACACUCUUGUUCCACUGAUUGAUUGUCCAGGAAAUGCCAUAUAUAUGGAUGGAUACUUGGCAGGGGUUGAUGGAAAGGCACAUUCAAUCCCUAGAGCCAUCUGCAUUUUUGAGCAAGACAAAGGAAAUCCUGCUUGGAGGCAUACAGAACUUGGUGUUCCAGGAAGAGUGAUAAUUACAGGGCAGCAAGAAAUUAAUUUGGUGGUUAGAAUGGUGUCAACAGUUGGAAAUUAUGAUUAUGUGCUUGAUUGGGAAUUCCAGCAAUCUGGGUCCAUCAAAGUUGGGGUCAGUCUUACAGGCGUGCUGGAAAUGAAGCCAGUGCCCUACAUCUUUAGUCACCAGAUAACUGAGGAUAUUUAUGGGACCCUGGUGGCUGAAAAUACUGUCGGUAACUACCAUGAUCAUUUCUUGACAUACUAUCUUGACCUUGAUGUCGAUAGUAUCAAUAAUUCCUUCAUGAAAGCAAAAUUAAGGACCAAAAGGGUGAAGGACAAGCACUUUUCACUAAGGAAGAGUUACUGGGAAGUAGUCAAAGAAACAGUUAAAACGGAAACUGAUGCUAGGAUUCAACUAGGUUGGGAACCUGCUGAACUCCUAUUUGUCAAUCCUAAUAACAGAACAAAGAUUGGAAAUCAUGUAGGUUAUCGGCUGAUCCCCAGCCAGCCAGCCAUUUCUCUGCUAGCUGAUGAUGAUUAUCCACAGAUUCGGGCGGCCUAUACUAAGUAUCAAGUGUGGGUAACUAGCUAUAACAAAUCAGAAAGAUGGGCUGGAGGGUUUUAUGCUGAUAGAAGCCAGGGAGAUGACGGGUUAGCAGUUUGGACGCGGAGGAAUAGACCAAUUGUAAACAAAGACAUUGUGCUUUGGCACACGAUUGGAUUCCACCACAUUCCCUGCCAAGAAGAUUUUCCAGUUAUGCCAAGAAUCCACGGUGGUUUUGAGCUUCGGCCAGCAAACUUCUUUGAAAGAAAUCCACUGUUAAAGCAAUUGUAGUUUUGUAUUUGUAGGGUAUCUGUAGGAAAUGCAAGAAAUCAAAGUUCCUUCUUUUAUCGACCUUUUCAAAGUCAUGAAUAGAAAUCUCAUGGUAUUAGAUAGCUUUUCAAGUACUUUUGAAUUAUUAAAAAUCAAAGUUCCUUGCGCUA